CCAAGCCACGAUACCACUGGACUCGUUGUGGCAAACUUGGUAGACGAAAAUUCCGAAGUACUCAAUGCUCUGCCCCGAGCACAAAGUGUUGAUUUGGAAGCGGCCAAUCGAAGAGCCCAAAGAACCAAGCAAUCCUGCACCUACAUUCUAUUGGGACUUGUCAUUUUGAUUGCCGUUAUCAUCAUAUUGGUGACCGUUCUUGUACCUUCCGGGGGAGAAUCAUCCAAUGAUGAAGAAGAUACUCCAACAAGUAUGCCUAGCAGCAACCCGUCUGAGGCACCAACAACCUUGGAUCAAUACUAUUUGUCCCUGUUACCAGAGGACACCCAGCAAAAAAUCAUGGAAGAUGUGCAGUCACUGCAAUCACUGGCGUUCCAGUGGCUGCUCGACGACAUGAUUGAACUCGAUGAUGACUACUCAAACAACAAUUCUUCUGUAUUCAUGAACCGAAUCAAACAGCGUUUUGCCUUGGCCACUAUCUACUAUGCCACAGGUGGAAACAUCUGGGCGCACAAUGACAACUGGCUCAAUCACACAGUCCAUGAAUGUGAAUGGUUCACAAGAUCAGAGUUUGCACUGAAGUCCAAAAUUGCAUUUUUGUACACUGGCUUCCUUCAAGAGUUUCAGCUACCGACCAGCAAGUGUGAUACCCAUACCGGUAUCUACGAGCAUCUGUGGCUCGACCAGAAUAAUCUUGUGGGUUCAUUGCCCGAAGAGCUAUACAUGCUGACUACCCUUAAAACUCUGUCAAUGGGUUUCAAUAUGCUUGUUGGCCCCCUGUCGACACUUCUCGGACAAAUGACGGCGCUCCAAGGGCUGGCAUUUGCCAAUUCAGAUCAUGGAGGAACCAUCCCUUCCGAAUUUGGCCUCUUGACAGCAUUGACAAUCUUGGGACUUCCCGGCAUCAAUCUACAAGGGAGUAUUCCCACAGAAGUCUGGCAGCUUACCAACCUGAGCAGCUUUUUCCUAAAUUUCAAUGAUGGCCUCCGUGGGAGCAUCCCCACAGAAAUUGGGGUUUUCUCCCAGUUGCGGUGGCUUAGCUUGACUGUCUGUGACCUUUCUGGCACGCUCCCGUCAGAGAUUGGAUUGGCAAAGGCUUUGGAUACGUUGACAUUGGAAGAAAACAGAAUCUCGGGGACCAUUGUUAGUGAAAUAGGCAUUCUUGAAGAGAUGAGGAUUCUUUCCUUGUUCAACAAUUCACUGGAAGGAACCUUGCCCACAGAGCUAGGUCUUCUGACACAGACUACCUUGCUGACAUUCCGGGACAACCUUCUAACUGGCCCAGUUCCCCAGGAGCUUGGUCUAUUGACAAAUCUUCGCAUUUCAUUGGUAUUGAGAGGCAAUCAACUCUCGGGCCAGAUUCCAUCAGAGUUAGGGCUCCUUGCCAAUUUGAGAGAGAUAUCACUGGAGAACAACAAUUUCUCAGGCCAAAUCCCAAGCCAGCUUGGUCAGUUGUCUCAAGCACUGCACUCACUCAAGUUGGGAGGGAAUCCAAUGCUCACUGGGACUAUUUCACCAGGGGUUUGCAAGAUCAAUGGCACCUGCAUUCAGAACAGUUUUGACCCAUGUGAAGAACCUUAUGGAGUGUUGCUUGAUUGCACUGACAAGCUGUGCGGGUGUGGUUGCUCUUGUGCCACACGAACUUGAUAUCCUUGCUGAGCGUGCACUCUCAGCGGGCUAUUCAUGGGAAUCUAUAGAGUUCUGUGAGACCAAGUGCCCACAUAACCGAAGUUAUUAGCAAUGCAUUUUUUAAA